AUGACUGGGGUAUAUCGUCAAGUUUACCUCAGCCUGUUGAGCAGGAUGGGGAGCAGAGUAACAAUGAGCCAAGUUCAUCUCCGGAAUAUGGGGCACCUGCCCCAAGCCCGUCUCUACUGGAACAAUACCAAGAAGAUCACGAGCAUGGCAGCCAGUCAGGCGUGGAACACAUCGCCCCCAGCACUGUUCAGAGCACCGAAGACACAGAGCCAACUGAACUACGAUGCGACGAGUGUGGGAAUGUUUACGCAAGGCUUUGGGAGAAAAGACCUCAAGCGACACUGCGAAGAGCGGCAUUCGGACAGGGAGGGCUAUUUCUGCCCGUUCGCCGGAUGCAAGUACUCGCAAGAGAAGGGUGUCGGUAUCAAGAGGAAAUCCAACUGGCAAAGACACGUACAGACACAGCAUCGCGGCUAG